CAGUAAAUCACUAAUCACUAUCCAUUCAUCAUCCAUUUUCUCCUAUUUGUGUUCCUUGCUCCUUAAACCCUUCACAAAAAUCAGGGUGUCUUCCUCCACAGUCAAAAUCCCUUGGUGUGGAUUUGAUUGAUUGUUCCUCGUUUUUAUGAAAAGAUGAAUCUGAUUUCCAAAUCCUCCCUGACAAGAAUCGAGUGCUCGCCGUUUCUCCACCACUCGAGAGCUCCCGAAACCCCAACCGGAAAACGAAUCGUCCCUCAGCGAAUCCGUUUCCACCCCUCCGCCGUCUCCGGAAGCAGCGGCGGAAAGAAACAAAGAGCCAAGCCACCUCCGAAGACGCUGGUGACUGAGAGGCAGAAGGAGAAGGAAGUGGGUCGGCCAAAUGAGAUAGCUUACGAGAAGGAAGCAGCGAAUUGGGUGAAUCUGAUUGGUUUUGUGGAUCAGCCAGUUCAGUUCGAAGCUUCUCCCGACGGAAAGUUCUGGGCAGGCACUGUUAUUUCUCAGAGGUCUGCUUCAGAUUCCUCCACUGCUUUCUGGAUUCCGAUUAUAUUUGAAGGUGAUUUAGCGAAGACAGCUGAUCGUUAUAUAAGCAAAGACGAUCUUAUUCAUGUUUCUGGCAAGCUUUUCAUUGAUUCCCCUCCUCCCAAUAUGACAUAUGCUCAAUCCAAUGUCCAGGUAUUGGUACAGAAUCUUAGCUUUGUGCAGCCUGCUUCUCCGCCCCUGGUUGUAUCAUCAUCUGAAAAGGAAGAACAUGGCAUCAAGAAGAAGCCUGUGUCACCGCCUGUGGUUAUAUCAUCAUCUGAAAAGGAAGAAACUGGCAUUAGGAAGCAGCCUGCUAGAGCUAAGAAGAAUAUAGUUAUGGAUGAAGCUUCUGAUUCUUGGAAUCGCCUCAUUGAAAAUCCUAAAGACUGGUGGGAUCACCGCGAAAAUAAAGCUAAUGGAUUGGUAAAGCCAAGGCAUCCUGAUUUCAAAAGCAAGGACAGCAGUCUCUCACUGUGGCUAAAUAAGGCCCCUGCUUGGGUUUUGCCGAAACUCGAAGGACUCGAGUUUGAUGUUCUUGUCCCUAAAGGUAGAGGAGUGAAACAGCUCAAAGGAGAAGAAUCAUGGAAGGAAUUGGUUGAGAAUCCUGAUAAAUGGUGGGACAAUAGAAUCGACAAGAGAAACGCAAAAGCUCCUGAUUUCAAGCACAAAGAGACUGGUGAAGCCCUCUGGCUAAACGAGUCUCCUACUUGGGUGUUAUCGAAACUGCCACCAGUCAAGAAGAGACAAGAAAUUACUGUCUCGUAGCCUUAUUAGAAACGUUAUAUCCUUGUAAAGAGCUCCAAGUGUUAACAGGAUUAAUCAUUUUUCAUCUC